UCACCCAUAACCAUUUCACACAAAACCCAAGCUGCCCGCGCGAGUUUCAGUCCUCAGCUCUCUCUCUCUCUCUCUCUCUCUCUCUCUAUCUAGAAAGUCUAUGCGAUCACGGCCAUGAAUUCGAGCUCUCCAAACCCUCAAUCCAUGGCGAACUCAACACCAACCGACUCCUCAGGCAAGAAGGUGAGGAAACCCUACACCAUAACCAAGUCCAGAGAGAGCUGGACCGAAGAAGAACACGACAAGUUCAUUGAAGCUCUUCAACUGUUUGACCGUGACUGGAAAAAAAUUGAAGAUUUUGUUGGUUCAAAGACUGUGAUUCAGAUCCGAAGUCAUGCCCAAAAAUAUUUUUUGAAGGUCCAAAAAAAUGGGACUAUUGCACAUGUGCCACCACCUCGACCUAAGCGCAAAGCUGCUCAUCCUUACCCGCAAAAGGCACCAAAAAAUGUUUUAGCACCAUUGCAAGCUUUCAUGGCUUAUCCUUCUUCAUUGAAUUCCCUUGCACCUGGAUAUUCCCCAUGGGAUGACACUUCCAUGCUCAUACACUCUCCAUCAGGUGGAAUCAUGCUAUCCCAGGAUGAAUACAAUCUUCAUGGAGUCGAAGCUGAUAUUGGAUUGAAGGGGGCAGCAAGGAUUAGUAACAGCGGCAUUGAUGGCACCGGAAGCUUGAGUAGAACAAUAUCCAGUUCUGAAUUAUCAAAGCAAGGGAAACCAGGUUCAUUGUUUCACGGUAUACCAGAUUUUGCUGAAGUCUAUAGCUUCAUGGGAAGUGUCUUUGAUCCAGACACACAAGGCCAUGUGCAGAAGCUCAAGGAGAUGGAUCCUAUCAACUUUGAAACUGUUGGAGGCAGUAGAGAAGGCAUGUCAAUGUAUGAUUUAUCUGAGGCUUUGUUGCUGAUGAGGAAUCUCACCAUCAACUUGUCUAGCCCUGAUUUUGAGCCAAUUAGAGAGGUCCUGUCGUCAUAUGAUGUCAAUUCCAAAACUGUAGGAAUUGCUACAGGAAAUGUCAUGAAGAACCAAGAAAAAUGAGCUUUUGUGCUGAAGUGUUGAGCACUACUUAUAAGCUGCCAUGUACAUUAUAGAAGAGAAGUCUGACAGUGCUCUCGCGGCAUGCUCUGAAAUCCACUAGUUCAAGGAUAUAGAAAUGCCGCUACAGUUGUAGAAUCGGAGAGUAUUGCCAGAUGAAAGGAAAACAUCCUCUGAUUUUCAUGCCUUAAAUGAUAUGAAUAUCCAAAGGCUGACUGGCAAUGUUUUGUACCGGUUUUAAUGAUCUGGGUCUGUUAGCAGAUUGUAUGUAUGUCUUGUAGGAUCUGUCGGUGGCAAUUUUAGCUUUCUUGAAAAUAUAAUGUCAGUCUCAGUUUUGUGUAUUAUAAUUUGCCAAGGCAAUGUAGCUUUAAGAAUUGGGGUUGUAAUAACGAUGGUUAUGUUUUCUUGAUCUUUAAGAGCAUGGUUUUGUUGUUUUUGUUAUAUGUGAGAACCACCUUCGACUU